AUGGUUAUUCAUUACCUCCUUGCAGCGCCUCCUGCCGUUACUGAUUCAACUUGGCAGUCUCUGGUAAUCGAAUCUGACCUACCCGUUCUCAUUGAGUUUUUGGCUCCGUGGUGUGGGCCCUGCCGCAUGAUCCACCCUGUCAUCGACAAGCUGGCUCAGCAAUAUGCUGGGAAGCUCAAGGUGUACAAGGUUAACACUGAUGAAUCCCCUUCGAUCGCCACCCAAUACGGAAUCCGGAGCAUUCCAACAGUCAUGGUGUUCAAGAAUGGUGAAAAGAAAGAAACAGUGAUUGGUGCUGUUCCAGAAUCUACAUUGACGACUUGCCUAGAAAAAUUCUUGUAG